CUUCCUCGGACAGUCUGACCAUCUCUCUGUGUUUCUCUUUCCAGCUUACACCCCCCUCAGAAGGCAAACAGGACCAGCCACCCGAACCAUCAGAGCCUGGCCUGAUGAUGCACUCCAGUUGCAGGACUCCUUCGUUUCCAGACACUGGUCACUUUAAAAUCUCUCUUGCACAACUGCACAAUUUUAAUAAUAAAAUCUGCAGUUCUUCUAUAUUUAUAAUGUAUAUAUACUCUGUUCUGCUUGACUUGCACUACCUCCUGGUAUCUUCUUACAGUGUUUAUAUAUAUUGUUGUCUAUAUAUAUUUCUUUUUUUCUCCUGUUCUGGUGCAUAGUGGCUCUUUGGGAGCACCUUCACUUUCGUUGUACCCCCGCCUUAUAAUGACAAUAGAGACUAUUAUAGUCUAUUCUAAAAACAUGGCAGUGAAUAAAACGUUGGACCAAUACCGUUUAGAACCAGUUUUACCAAAGUGCAAUAGCUCUUGGGUGGGAAGGGUCACAGACAAAACACAAACCUGUGACACAGGAGGUGAUAGCGAUGGGAGGAGAGGCCUGUUGAAGGAGGACAAUGAAGAUUUGCAUUCUGUUGUGAUUGCAGGUUAUGUCAGGGUGGUGGACACGUGUGGCCUCCUGCCAAUACAGUAACUGUAACUACAGAUCUUGGACACAAAUAUAGGCAUGAUUAAGUUUAAAUUUACUUGAAGGCAUCUUUGACUGGUUUUCUAUUGCAGUAAAAUGAAAAUCUCUCCAAGUACAGCAGUGUAAUCAACAUUUACAGUAAAUACAGCAGCUGUGUGUUUAGUACACAAUAAUAUGGGAAAACCACAGAACUGAGCAGAACUUGUCUACAUACUUGGCAGCACAGCACACAGCUCUUGUGUGAAACUUUUCAAAGGAUGUUUGUCCCUCAGUUUGUGGCUGUAUGUACAUUUGCGGGAUUCAAAGGUUUUUACAAUUACAGGCCCGUUCCCACAACCCAUUGUUACACAAGUGCGUCUGUGGAUUGGGGUGGGGGUAGGUGGGAGGUGGUAUUAUGGGGGAGGUGACCAAGGACCCAGAUAAGAGGAGGAUGGUGUACAACCUGGCGCAGGACUGUGUGUCUUUGUGGGUGACUUGAUCUGCGUGAGUCCUGUCAGCUCUGUGGGAUUCUGCCAGUGUUACGUUUAUCAUGGCUGCCGUGUGCACACAACCUUGGCAGAAACCCCUCCAAAUCUACGGAGGUUUGGUCUUCAACCCUCUGAUGGCUGGUAAAUAUCAGUUUGGCUUUUUCAACUGAAUAUUGGUGGUGAUUUAAGAGUUCUCAUAAGUCAAUUUUAUUUUUGAUUCAUGGAAAAUUGGUGAUGUCCCUGUAGAGGUGGUGAUUUGGCUUUAAACAGACUUGUACAAAACAAUUUAUGCUUCAGUCGUUUCAAUUUUUCCUGUGGGAUUUCAUGAUGAUUCAAUCUAAAAAAAACGUAUGUGUGUUUUUAGAAAGUUUUACUAACUAACUUUGAAUGACCUGUAUUCAGUCACGGUCAUGUCAUCUAACCCAUCUGCAAAUCUGGAACUCAUUCUGUUAUCUGUCUCAGACUGUGAAUCAGACAGAACUCCUCUACAUGAUGCCGCCUACCAGGGUCGGCUGCUCCACAUCAGAAACCUGGUAGCUCAGGGCUUCCAUGUGGACACACUCACCUUGGACAGAGUGUCUCCUCUCCAUGAGGCAUGUCUUGGUGGGCAUUAUGUUUGUGCAAAGUUUCUGGUAGACAAUGGAGCCAAUGUGGACAUAGUAUCAACAGAUGGCGCCACACCUCUCUUUAAUGCUUGCAGCAGCGGGAGCUCAGCUUGUGUCAGGCUCAUUCUUCAGCACAGCUCUUUUCUCAGCACCACCUAUCGGCUGAAAUCACCCAUACACGAGGCCGCAAGAAAAGAUCACACAGAGUGUCUGGAGCUUCUUCUGACCAGUGGAGCUCACAUUGACACGGAGCUGCCAGUGACGGGAACACCACUGUAUUCUGCCUGCCUCACUCAGGCCACAGCAUCCGCGGAGUUGCUGCUAAAUGCAGGGGCAGAUGUCCAGUUAGGUUGUGGGCUGGACAGUCCGUUGCAUGCUGCAGUUCGAAGUGGAGGUGCAAACAUCGUGGACCUUCUACUGGACUUCGGGGCAGACAGAUGGUGCAGGAACACGGAAGCUAAAACACCUCUGGACCUCUCAUCAACCAACACAGCAGUGAGGACUGCACUGCAGCAGAGAGGUGCCUGCUCUUUGUCUCAGCUCUGUCGCUUCUGUGUUCGCAGAAGUCUGGGAAGCAAACGUCUCCACAGGAUAUCAAAACUUUUCCUUCCUCACUCAAUCCAAGAUUUCCUCCUCAACAAAUGACCAGUUUUCCCAAUACACUCCUGUGAUUUCUCAUGUAUCACAUACACACACACAUUCUUCCUUGUGGCUGGCCUGUGGGCAGGAGGUGUGCACAGCAAAGAUAUGAACAAAUACGGGGGUGUAUUUGAGCUUUUUAAAAAGCCUUUGUUGUGCAUACGUUUUUAAUGUUGUGAAUUUAGGAAGGGCUGAAAGUCUUUCCUAACCAUCAAAAAAUGUUUCUGUCUGAAUAAUUUAAAGGGUGUUUAUCUACAAAAAAUAACAGUUAUAUAAAAUCCUCAACCUGGGCUUUACCUACAGCGAUGAUUGGUCUGUUAUCCAGUUAUAUUAGGGUUUGUCCAAAUUCCAGACCUGGGGCCAAUCAUGGCACUUGGACAAGUUUGAUGUUGCCGAAAAUACAUAUCCAAUAUAAGGAGCUGUUCCUACUGCCAUUUUGUCCCAGUUGGUACGUAUGUAUUCUGGCAACCAAAAACUUUUCAAACACCUUUCAUUUGCUGUUUUUGUUGUAAUCAUGGCUAUGUAAUCAUUUUUGGUUAGUCUGGACAAACUCUACUGUAGUUUGACUUUUAUCGGAUCAAUUAUAAUUAUAUUUCUUGCUCUGUUUAUAUGUUAAAUAUUUAGUAGCAAAGUCAAUCUGUAUCCUGUAUUUUUACUUUAACAGACCAACACAUACUGUACAUCAAAAUAUGCAAAAAGAAAAAAUCAAACACCUCCAGAACACAGUUGGCUUAGCACUGGGCUGUGUUUUAUUUAUUUGAGGCAAUGCUUAGAAACCCUAAAUACUGUGACCAAUCUGUUCAAUUAACAAAAAUGACAGGAUGUUUAAAAGCUUGGUUUGCAGAAAUCAGCCCUAACUGUAGUUUCUGUGAAUGACAAACUUGAAUAAAACAUAUUUUUUGUGGGAUGUAAUAACCUGUUGACAUUUUUGGUGAACGUAAACCACAGACACCACUUUUCACCACCUUUUUUAUUACCUGUGUUUCGUUAGGGAAAUUAAUCAUCUCUCCUCAAAUGCCACUCAAAGGUCUGUUCUUCAGGGACCUGUGUUGGUCUGGAUGAGGUUUAAUGUGGAUUAAUGAAGGAUUUCUUUUACUGCAAUGAAAAACAUCAACCUUCAACCUUCAGAACACCAGUCCAAAAAGACAGGCUUUGUUUGUUAACAUCAGUAUUUAGUCUGUCAUCUUCUACCAAUGACGUCUUGAUCAAAAUAACAAGACCGCCUUUUAUUUUGUAACACAUAAUAGGA